AUGUUUGUGCCUUCAAUCGACUUGGUGGACGCUUCUCAAGCUUCACUCUAUUCUUCUCUCUCAUUCUUUGGAUCUGUCAUUCUCAAGAAUGGCCAAGUGGACCAAAUCAAAUCAUUGAUCAACCAAACCGGCUCCACUCUUUACUGGGCCUAUGCCAAGUCUGUCGAUGAAGCUGUUCAAUUAUGGGACGUCGGUGUGCUCAAGGUCAUUUUCGAUUUGGACGUCUAUCAACAAGCUCAGCAAGAAUUAGCCGGCAUGGUCUCUGAAGACCGUAUUGCUGUCACCACCACCUCACCUGUGUCUGUGCCAGGUGUGUCUACUGUCAUUGUCACUACAUCUGAUGUGGAUGCUGUCAAGAAGUUUGCUGCCGACAAUGCUGGUCUUUUGGCUCACGGUGGUGAAAAGACAUGUGUCGUUGAAUUGGCGUCUGAUGUAUCCAUUGAUACCAUUGCCAAGCUGGGUGCUGAUCAUGUCGAUGUCUUGGUGCCUGCUUCCCUUUUGACCACUGCAACUGAUGAUGCCAGCAAGCUGAACAUUGCCGAAGCUUUUUUGGCUACUGCCAAGACCGAUCGUCCUGAUGGUCUCUAUACGACGAUGGUAGUUGAUGAAUUUAACAAGGCUCUCGGAUUAGUCUACUCUAGCAAGCAAAGUGUGGCCGAAUCUAUUCGUCUUGGUCAAGGUGUGUAUCAAUCCCGUGGCCGUGGUCUUUGGCAUAAGGGCCUUACUUCAGGUGCUACGCAAACCUUGAAGCACGUUGAUUAUGAUUGUGAUGGUGAUGCCUUGCGUUUCGUUGUCGAGCAACAUGGUGCAGGUUUCUGCCAUUUGAACACGCGUACUUGCUUUGGUGCAGAUUCUGGUAUCACUGCUUUGGAAAAGACCUUGAAGGAGAGAAGGAACAAUGCACCUGAAGGAUCUUACACUGCUCGCUUGUUUGGUGAUGCUAAAUUAUUGCGUGCCAAGAUCAUGGAGGAAGCUGAGGAAUUAUGUGAUGCCACUGACAAGGAAGAGGUUGCUUGGGAAGCUGCUGAUUUGAUUUACUUUGCUUUGACCAAGUGUGUUGGUGCUGGUGUCUCUUUGGCUGAUAUCGAGAAGAACUUGAACAAGAAGGCUAGAAAGGUCACUCGUCGUGCUGGCAAUGCUAAACCCAAGUGGGAAGAUAAGAGCGCUACAUCUACCGCACCUACUCCCGCUGCUGCUGCUGCUCCUGCUGCUGCUGUCGAUACGGGUCGUAUUGAAAUGAUGAAGUUUGAUUUAGCAAGCAUUUCCAAGCAAAAGAGAGACGAACUCUUAUUGCGUCCCAUCAUUGACUCUUCUGAAAUCAUUCAGCGUGUGACCCCCAUCAUGCAAGAAGUGAGAAAGGGCGGUGAUGCUGCUGUCAUGAACUUUACGCGUCAAUUUGAUCGUGUAGAAUUGGAACAACAAACUAUUACUGCACCAUUCGAUCCUGCUCAGAUGGAGCUUGACCCUGUCACCAAAGCUGCCAUUGAUCAAGCUUAUGAUAACAUUUACAAAUUCCAUGAUGCUCAAUUGGAUAAGGAAACUUUGGUUGUCGAGACGAUGCCUGGUGUUGUCUGCUCUCGCUUCAGUCGCCCCAUUGAACGUGUGGGUCUCUAUGUACCUGGUGGCACUGCUGUCUUGCCCUCUACUACACUUAUGCUGGGUAUUCCCGCCAAGGUGGCUGGCUGUCGUGAUAUUGUGAUUGCCACACCACCUCGACCUGAUGGCUCCGUUGUGCCUGAGGUAUUAUAUGUCGCUCACAAGGUGGGUGCGUCUCACGUUGUUAAGGCAGGCGGUGCUCAAGCUGUUGCUGCUAUGGCCUAUGGUACAGAGACUGUUCCCAAGGUUGACAAGAUCUUUGGUCCUGGUAACCAAUAUGUCACUGCUGCUAAAAUGGUCGCUCAAAAUGAUACAUCAUGUCUUGUUUCCAUUGACAUGCCUGCUGGUCCAUCUGAAGUCCUUGUCAUUGCUGAUAUGUCGAGUAAUCCUGCCUAUGUCGCUGCUGAUCUCUUAUCACAAGCUGAGCACGGUGCAGAUUCCCAAGUGGUGUUAUUGGCCGUUGAUCUGACUGAGGAACACUUGAAGAAGAUUGAAGAUGAAGUUCACGAUCAAGCAAUGGCUUUGCCUCGUUGUGAUAUCAUUCGCAAGUCCAUCCCCCAUUCAUUCAGUUUGAGCAUGAAGACGCUGGAAGAAGCCAUGGAAUUCAGCAACGAUUAUGCUCCUGAACAUUUGAUUUUGCAUUUGGAGGAUGCUCCUGGUGCCGUGAGCAAGGUUGAAAACGCUGGUAGUGUCUUUGUAGGUCAGUACUCUCCUGAAAGUUUCGGUGAUUAUGCUUCUGGUACCAACCAUACAUUGCCUACUUAUGGCUACUCUCGCAUGUAUUCUGGUGUGAAUACCAAUGGCUUUGUCAAGCACAUCACCUCUCAAGAGUGUACUGCCGAGGGCAUGGAUCGUUUAGCUGAUACCGUCAUGCGCUUAGCUGAAAUUGAAGGUUUAGAUGCUCAUCGCAAUGCUGUUGCUGUUCGUGUCAAGGACUUGAGAAAAUAA